CGUAGGUCGUAGCAAUAUUUACCAAGCAUAGUCGUCAUUUAGCGUGCAUAUGCCACAAUUUGACAGGCGAAAAGCAAAAUUUUUGUGAAAACCCCAACAAAUAAUUUUUUCAACUAUUCUUCUGUAACAGUUACUGCGAUUCGGUGUAUUUUCUGGUGUAAAACGAGCCCUAUCCAGCGGUCCCUUAUUCAAUAUCAUUUUGCCGUCUGUUUUCAUAAAGAAAAUGGCGAUGUGAUAAUCAAUGCUUGUGUUUUUAAAUGCCAGACUGUGCUUUUCGUUUCCAGACAAAAUGUGUUUUUGCAGUCGUUUUUUGCGCCUGGUUUAGUUCUCUUUUGGAGGCCAACCAUGUUUCAGGGGGACCCUCAUUGUUUAUUAAUAUAUCCCAAGUGACCUAGGGAAAGCCUUAGCAAAAUAUGUCCCGCGGUUUUGGUAAAUACAGAAGGGGUGCAAGUCACCAUAGUUUCCACUUCGAUAAGCUCUUUAAGGAGAACAGUAAUAGGCCUUCGGCUGCUCGUUCUGCAGCCUCUGUUGGUAAAUGGGGCAUCACGAGCUUUACCAGCAUUAGAAACUUGAAUGGAAGACAGGAGAAUGAACAAAGUACUGCACCUGCUCCCAAACCAAAAAAGUUCUUUAAAAGUCGUGAUGCUAAUGAGGACUCAAGUAACACCACUCCAAGUUAUUCAUCCUCAGCUAGCUAUGAGCCGCCUACGAAGAAAGCGCGGAGCAGCUCUCGUGAAUAUUCAGACAGACAAACUAAAAGUAGUUCAUCGCCGAAGAAGUUUUAUGCAUCGAAAAACGCACAGGAGAAAGUUCUACCAUCUAAACGACCUAUAAAGAGAAGAAGAAGCUCGGAUAAAAGUGAUAUCAGUGAAACCUCAAAGCCACCUAUAGUUUUAAGAAUAUGUAGAGGCAAGUCGCAGUUAGUGAGCGAUACUGAUGACUCAGAUAAAGCAACUACACCAAAUACCACUCCUAAAUCUGCAUCUACCUCCCCACGUGCUUUGCGAGAAACGUCCAAUUCACAAACGUCUCCAAGACCUUCCAAUUGCCGCAUUACUCGCAGUGCACGAAGGAGUAUGCAGAUGGAUCCUAGUAGCAGUCCUGUGAGUUCCGACACGGCGUCAGAGUUUACCAUGUUUAUUGGAUCUAGAAAAGAGUCUCCAAAGAGUGAAAUGUCGCCACAAUAUGUGCCCGCUGAGAAAUUUGAAGAAGAGCGUAGAGCCUUAUACGCCAGCUUACUAAAACCGGAUUCUCCAAAGUUAAUCGAUAAUUCUGAACACGCUCCGGAUCAACCGCCAACUGAAGAAUUGCCAUUAAGUGAUGUUCCACAAAAACAAGAUGAAAAUAUCGCACCUUCCGAACCACAACUCAUAGAUGAUCAACUUGUAGCGGACAAAAGCAUUGAAGAUGUUAUGGCAGUAUUACAUGGGGGCGUUGAGGAGCCUGUAAAACCAGAAGAAGCCAAAAUUGGCGAUACAAAUUCGGAACCUUACUCAGCAGAAGCGGAGGGAGACAUGGAAUUAGAACUGAUUAUUUCGGAAAGUGUUUCUCAAGAUAAAGCCGACGUCACGGAAUCACAAGAAGAAGAGUCUCUGGAAUCAAGACUGGCAAAAUUGGAUGCAGAAUCUUCUCAACAACAUACGGAGGAAAUAGUCGAAACUAUCGAAAAUAUAGCUAAAGAAAUAGAGAAUACCAAAGCAUCAAAACCAGCUGUGCCUGCUAGAGGGCUGAGAAAGCGUAGCAAGCCAAAAGACGUUAUGGAAUUUCAAGAAGAAAUAGUGGAAGAUAAAACUGUUAAGCCUUCAUUAAGAGGGGGCUUAAGAAACAGAAGCAAAACAACAAACAACAUUCAAGAGCUGGUAGAGGAAGUUAAAGAAUUUAUUGAUCCAGAGAAGAAAGCAAAGGCAAAAGAUAAGAAUGUAAAAGAGAAGAACUUUCCAAUAGUGAAAAUCAAAGAAAUUCCAUUAGCUGAUCCCAUAAGCAAUAAAUCGAACAAAAAGAGCAUCGAAGAUGAAUGGGGCACAGACAGCGACUCAAAUAGUACCGUGCCGGAAUCGGAGGUAAAGCAAACGAUAAUUCCAAGUACAGAUCAGCCUGCUAAUGAAGUAGAAAAGAGCAAAGACGUGAUUCCGGAAAAAAAUUCAGAAAAUCCACCCGAUCCUCCCCCGGUUAAGCUGGUAAUUUCAAAGAAGAAAGGAAGUAUUUUCAAGAGUAGAGCAUUGGUUGACGAUGGUACCAAGAAACGAACAGCACGAUAUGUUCACAAAUGGACGGAUAAGGAUGGUGGAGAAACUCCUGCCAGACCUCCAACGGAAAACGUUGAAUUAGAUAGUAAUUUCGAAUUUAAAGGCGAUCCUCUUACCCGAGUAACCCUGACUGAUGAAUCUCAAGAUGUCACAAGUGUUAAAUGCACAACGGCUGAUAAAGGAUUUUACAUGGUUGUCCGCAAUGUGAAAAAAGCUCACCAGAUACAGGAAAUUGGUGAAUUCCAGGAAUUCAAUGAUGACGUUGAGUAUAUACUGGAUGCCUUACAAGAUAACAACCCUGUUAGUACCAGGUGUUUGUCAGCCAUUACUUUGGCUUCCAAAUGUAUGGUCCCGGCAUUUCGCAUGCAUGUUAGAGCGCAUGGAACUGUCGCAAAAUUUUUCAAAGCCCUUCAUGACGCUACCAAAGAUCAAAGUUUAGGCCUUUGUACAGCCACAGUUAUGUUCGUACUAAGCCAAGAUCGGUUAAACAUGGACUUAGACAGAGAUUGCCUUGAACUCAUGUUGAAUUUGUUAGAGUCGGACGUUAGCUACCAACAGGCCCUAGAUGUUUGCGGCCUCACCUCUGCCCAGUUAGAGAAAAACAAACAAAAAGUUCGAGAACUUUGCGGUGAAAUUCAGAGCCAAGGUCACGCGAUGCAUUUAAAUUUGGAGAAUAUUACAACGGGCCAAUUGGCUAUGGAAACCUUGCUGUCGUUAACUUCCAAGCGGGCGGGAGAAUGGUUCAAAGAGGAAUUACGAGAGUUGGGAGGUUUGGAGCACAUCAUGAAAACUAUUUGCGAAUGUUGCCGGCAAGUGUCUGACUAUGUUGUUAGUUGGACAGAUCCUUUGUUGGACAAGUUAAAGAAAGUGGACCGAUGUCUUCGAGUACUCGAAAAUGUUACUCAAAAUAAUGAAGAAAACCAAACGUAUAUUUUGAAAUACAACGAUGGUAUGAUGAUUGAUACUCUGGUAAAUUUAUACAAGUUAUGCGAUGUGGAAAUACCUCUGUAUCCAGUUACCGACAUUGCGGAUAAAUCGUCUAAAGGCACAAUAAUUCGGGAGGCUCUAUUGGUUACCCUCAAAGUGCUUAUAAAUCUGACUCAUCAUUAUAGACAACAAUCUAUAGGAAGUCAAUUAAUAGGAUCCCGACCUGGUAUUAUCGAGACUAGCCUACAUUUACUGCUCCAGGUGCCCAAUUACAUUCCAGAACAAAAGAAAUUCGAACUAGGAGUGUUGGUACUGAUGUUACUAAUUAAUCUCAUUCAAGACCAAGAGGCAAAUAAAAAGCUGUUGAUAGAUGCAAAAGCACCAUCCAAACUAGAAAGCAUAUAUUCAAGAGAAGAAAGUGCAGUGGAAGCUUUAAUUGUACAGUUUUACGAAUGGGAAGGUUGUGCGAAAAUAGCCGAAAAUAAGACUAACGCAAUUUUAGAUGGUGAAAAAGAUGAGCAAGACCCAGGAACAGAAGCCCAGCCGCAAAACAAGUCAAAUGAAGAAUUUAUUGAAGAGACCGUAGCGAAAUUGCUACAAAAAGCAGGCACACACAUGGAAUAUACAUUUUUGGCUUCAUACAUCGUGAUGCUCGUUGGGUUUUUGAUUAUGGAAAACGAGGUAUAUCAGGAUAACAUUCGGCAGUUUUUGCGAGAAAACAAUUUUACCGACAUGGUAGAACUGCUGAAAAAGUUCUACAACUUUAUGAAUCUUACUGCUUCGACUGAAGCUUCAAGUGUAUGUGCAGUGAAAGCGACUCAAAAAGUUAUCAAAUACCUUGAAACCUGUGAUCAAUCGGAAUCCGAGGAAAAUAAAGAUCAUAAAGACAGUGAACCCAUUGACUUAGUGGUUCCGUACUUAUAAUAACGAGUGACGAAUGCAACGUCUGUAUAAAUCUGAUAUUUUUCACGUAGGUGAGUAAAGCAACAAAAAGUGCAUUGAUGCGCGUCAACAUUGAACUUUAUUUCCGUUGUACUCGGUGAGUGCUACUUGAUUUUGGUUUGCUAAAGAGCCCUUUACGUCCAAAAUUAUAUUAUUUUGUGAAUACUUUUACUUUGAUGAUAAGACUGGAGUCUUAAAAGUCGGUUUGAGGUAAAUACUUCAAUUAGUGCCUUUUACUAAAUAUGUUCGCACAUGGUUUUCCAAGAGUUCGGUUGUGUACAGUGUUAACAGUAAAACCUCUGAACAGUGGGUUUCUAAGGGACCAACUUGCCAGAUAUUAUUUAAUCUGUCUGCCAAAAUAAUUCCCUACUUAGGGUACGUGCACAGCGGCGACCGAGUCCGACGAGUUUGCAUAUAUAGCGCGAUUUUUUAAUGCUCUCAGUUGUGAGUUAAAGCUUGACUUGGGCAGGCCGUAUUUUCCAAGGAUUUUCUAACGCUCGUGCUGUUAUCGGAGACACCGGUAAUUGAAAGAGUGAAAAAGUUGAAA